AUGGGUCUUUACUCCACUCAGAAAUGGUUGAGCAACUUGACGACGAGUCAGAAACUUCAUCAGGCUCUGAUUCAUCAGACUCUUUACCUCAAAAAAAGCAAUGAUGUUUUCAGCCAUUCAACUGGUUCAGGUUCUUCUUCUUCAAAGCCAUUUCAAAACCCACCUUUCUUCUUCCAUAUGCAAUCACGCGCUCAGGCUCAGGCUCAGGUUCAACCUCAACCUCAACCUCGACUUCAAUCUCAAUUGGGGCAAACUUUCCCAACUAAUCAAGAAUAUUUCGAAAGCGGUAGAAGAAUAGAUAAGACUCUUGAAGAAAUUAGAAAAGAACUUUUUUCUCCCUUGGUACCUAUUGAUUUUGAUAUAUUAGCCAUUCCACCUGGUUGGAAACAAUUCCCAAGUAAUUACUUUGAUGGUAUUCCACUCCGAUACCCAUCUGAGGGAGAAGAAUUACAUAUUAAACCUGACGCGAUUGAUUUGAUGUAUUUAUGGGAAGUUGCUGAGAACCCUAUUGUUUUAGCUUUAGUCCCCUCUCAACACCUUCUCAGAGCAUUUUAUCUACGGCUAGCUAACAUAAUUUAUCUUCAAUAUAAAGUUCGAAUUAGCGAAUUUUCUAAUCCUUCUCGUGCUAGACAACAGUUAAUAAAUAGAAUCAGAGUUUUUGUAUGCCGAGAAGAUGAUAUUUUUCACACUGCUGGAGAUCCUAAUACGAUGAGCUCUAAUCCUCUUGAAGCAAAAGAAAAGCUUCUUGCAAAAAUUAGUCGAUAUUUUCUAGAAUAUAGAGACUAUAAAAAUAAGGUUCAUCCACUUAAAAAUCCAAUCAGUCUUGACCAUAAUUUAUCCGAACUCGAUGAUGUAAUUGAAGAAAUGACAGAACGUUCUAUUGCUACUGAAUCUUAUUUAAGGGUUUUGCCACAAAAGCUAGAAAAUUUGGAAAUUUUAAUGAAUCAUAAUUUGGAGUCAUUACGAGCCUUUAAAUUAGAUCAAGAUAAAUUAGUUCAACAGAUAUUAGACUUAAGAUCUCUAAUGGAAAGGAAAAUAAAUAAUUUGGAAAGUCAAUUAGAAAACAUAGAAGGAAAUGUUGAAAAGAUCAAAGAAACUUUAAAUAAUCAAUAA